GCCCUGCUGUGACUACAGGGGGAAGUGGGGAAACACUGCUUGCCCAAUCAUGGGGCCUCCAGCUUUUGCAAUACUACAGCUCCCAGCCUUCGUCUGGCCGGGCAUGCUGGGAGUUGUAGUUUUGCAACAGCUGCAUGGGCUAUGGUCAUUUUCUGACUAAAUCUGGUUAUAUGCACAAUUCUAGCAACCAAUAAUAGAGGUGAAGAUUAGGAUGUGACCCUAGGAGAGCAUUAUAUGGCGAUAGUAUCACUCCGAACCCCCUUAUUACCAUGGAUAUUAGGGGCAGUAAGAUAAGCUGCUGCCAGACAUCUCUGGAGAAAACGCCUCAGACCUUGGCUAGCCUAUGGGAUUGUAGACUGUAUCAAUUGACGAGCCACAGCAGGCCUAGCUAAGGCAUCAGGCUGCUCUGCAAACCAAUAUGUGCCCCCAGCGAUUAUAGUGGGACUGGCAGGACCACAAGUUUAAGAUUUGCAAGAAAAAUAAUGGCUCCAAGGAGAAACAAGCUGCCGGCUUCUCUGCCAGAUGGUUUCAUCGUGACAGACACAAACAAGAAAUCCUGGAGACUGGGCAAAAAGCUUGGCCAAGGAGGGUUCGGCUUAAUAUACUUGGCUUCUCCAGAUUGUGAUGUGACUGUUCCCAAUGAUGCAGCUUAUGUCAUUAAAGUGGAAAACUAUGAAAAUGGGCCAUUGUUUUGUGAAUUGAAAUUUUACCAAAGAGCAGCAAAACAAGAUGACGUUAACAAAUGGAUACAUAGGCACAACCUGGACUACAUAGGGAUUCCUAGAUACUGGGGAACUGGAGAAGCAAAUUAUAAUUCAAGCAGUUACAGAUUCAUGGUGGUAGAUCGACUUGGUGCGGAUCUGCAAAAGUUACUGAAAGACAACAGUGGCAGGUUGCCUGCCAAGACAGUAAUGCAAAUUGGCAUACGUAUGCUGGAUGUAUUAGAAUACAUACAUGAACAUGAAUAUGUACAUGGUGAUAUUAAAGCAGGAAAUAUUCUACUUCACACUUCAAAUACCAACAAGGUUUAUCUUGCAGAUUAUGGACUUUCUUACAGAUACUGGCCCAAUGGGAAACACAAAGAAUAUAAAGAAGACCCAAGAAAAUGCCACAAUGGGACAAUUGAGUUUACCAGCAGAGAUGCUCACAAGGGGGUUGCCCAAAGCAGAAGAGGGGACCUGGAAAUCCUUGCAUACUGUAUGCUCCACUGGUUAUCUGGGAAGUUACCCUGGGAUCAGAGCUUACGGGACCCUUCUACUGUCCUGGCUUCCAAAACAAAGCUAUGGGAUGAUCUCCCAGAAUCUGUCACUGAAUGGUCUGGUCCAGAAGAUGGAUGCCGAGCACUAGCCAAGUUCAUGGCUGAAGUUUACUUAUUGACAUACAGUCAAAAGCCGAAUUAUGCAGCUCUGAAAAGAAUCCUCCUGAAGGCUCUGGAUUCUAUGGGAACCAAUCUUAGUUCUCCAUUGAUUACUUUAGAUGCACGAUCCUUCCGUAAACUGUCUACAGGAGUAAGGAAAAAGACACACAUACAGAAAUGUGGGAAUAAGACUGAAGAUGACUGUGAAUACACACAGAACAGUAACCUAUUAAACCCAUGCCUUUCCCCCAAAACAAUAAAGAAUUAUUCAAAGAAAACAACCAGAAACUUGUCCACAGAUGAUAAAAGGAAUGCAUUUGAUCCAUAUCGCAGUACCUGUAGUAUGCAAGCAGAUUUGUACUCAGAAGUACCAAGUAUCCAUAAACCAUUGAGAGCGCUGACUGUAUCUGCUACUCAGGACUACAAAGCAGCAAUGGAUAACAGUCCAUGGUAUACAGUUCCUAACAAUGACUUGAGGAGAAGACAGGAGUCUUUGAAUGAACCAGACCUUUACAGUCAGGAUCGCCAAAAUAUAUAUAAAUACGGUUUCAUGCUACCAGUACUUUUACUGAUGAUCUAUUGUCUCAUAUAUGUUCUGUGA